UCAAAACCAUGCGCCCCACUGAUCUCUAUGUGCGCCCACAUUUUUUUAACAGUGAAUUUGUGUCGAUGUAAACAAAAAAGUGGUAAAUUUACAAAAAGUUGUAAAACUAUUACUUUCAAAGAAUUAACUUGACAAUAAAUUUUUUAAAUUCUGUACUAUUACAAAUUUCUGCAAAUUUACAAUUAGAAAAUGAGAAUCAGGCAAAAUAUUUUAUAUGGUGUAGUUUGCAUAGUGGUUUUCAUCAACUAAAUUUUGUUUUUUUACAUUUUUCAUUUAUAUGAAUAUUAUUAAAAUUUACAUUCAAGUGAAAAAUGGUUUUAGUAUGUGCGUAUUGUGGAAAAAAAGAUGCAAGAGGUGUUUCUUUUCACAAAUUCCCAACACGUUUGGAAUUACGUCAAAAGUGGCUUAAAAACAUGGGGUUUGAUGAAAAUUUUGAAUUAACAUUGAACACCAGAUUAUGUGGCGAUCACUUUGAUGAAAAAUGUUUCUCAAAAGCGACAAAUGACCAAGAAAGAAUUCAUUCAGAAAGCAUACCAACCAUUUUUGAUAGAUAUUACUUGAAGUGUAUUUCUUGCAAUAAUGUUAAAAAAAUAGGAUGCAACGUAAAUUUUCGCAAAUUUCCGUUUAAAAAUGAUAAACUUUUAAAAGUGUGGAUAAAAAAUAUUGGACUUGAGAAUUUUUAUCCUAAUGACAGAAGUCUUAUUUGUGAUGAACAUUUUGAGGAUCAUUGUUUUUACAAACGGAAAACAGGUGGUCAAAUUUUAAAGCAAAAUGCUAUUCCAACUUUAUUUUUCCCAUAUAUUUUAAAAGGUUCUGUUCGUUCUUACAAAAUUGUUCAACCAAAUGCUGAAAGUACUUCCUUAAAAAUAAAUUCUGUAAAUCAAAAUGAAAUUAGAGUUUCAGCUGAUAAACACUCGUGUUUGUUAGAAAACAUUCAAAAUGAUAAACGUUUUAAAUCAAGUAAAAAUGCUGAAAGUAAUUCAAUUGAAGCGUAUUCUAAUAGACAGGAUGAAAUUGCAGGAAUUUUGACUAAUAAACGUUCAUAUUCAUUGGAAAAUAUGCAAAAUGCUGAAAGUUUUAACUCAGAUUUGGAAUCGUUUGUUGCAUCGCCAUCAACUCCAAAUAAUCAAAGAACUCACGAUAGAGAAACAACUCCGCAACAAAUAGCAAGUUUGAAUCAUGACCAUCAAUAUAACUCCAGUUCUAAAAGUUUGGUAAAACAAUAUAAUGAAAUGCGACAGAAGCUACAGAGGAGUAUGACAACGUCAAAAAUGCAGAAACAAGUUAUUAAGCGCCUGCGCAAGAAAGUCUCUAAUCUCAGGGAGAUAAUAUUUCAGGUAUCUCCUACCAUAUUAAAAAUUUUUGAAGAAGAUAAAAAAUAUUCUUAAUGAAGAUUAGGAAGGAUUAUUUAUACAUGUAUAUAUUAAUAAUUAUACUAUUGUACAGAAAGUACACAUCAAUAAAUUCUACUGUGAGCAUCAUAAAUUUGGGCCUGGAAUUUUAAGUUUGAAAAAUAUCUAUUUUGCAGUAGAAAACUGAUCGUGCGCUGUUUCAACUGCCUCUUCUUUAUUUAAUUGAUUUGUAUAAAUAUAUUUACAUAAAAAUAUAUAUUAUUUUAUAUAA